GAGAAAUGUCACGCGACACACUCUCAAGGGAUAGUGUGUUUCGCACAAUAUUACAACGUGACCAUUACAAUCCGCAUGUGAUACGAAGAAAUUUAAUUGCCAGCAGCAAAGAUUCCCUCGAUUAUGUCCAGCGUUUGGGUCUUAUGUGCCGGCUGCCCAUUCACUCGGGCUGUGUCAACACGGUGCAUUGGAAUAGUACCGGGGAGUAUUUAAUCAGCGGUUCAGAUGAUCAGUUUGUUGCCGUCACAAAUCCGAAUAAUCAACAAGUUCUACUCAAAUAUAAGACAGCACAUCGGGCGAAUAUCUUCAGUGCCCGAUUUAUGCCUCAGUCGAAUGAUCAGGCUAUUGUAUCAUGUUCGGGAGAUGGCAUAGUCUUGCACACAGAACUGCUGGCACCGUACAUACGCAGACGUCAGGGUUCCGAUGAACCGAUGCCAUCGGUGUACGAACGAAUAUCGGAUAAUGACAGCAAUGUUGGCUGGUUUAGUUGCCAUAAGAGUGGUACCACCUAUGAGGUAAUGACAGUUCCUACAGAACCGCGGUCAUUUAUGAGCUGUGGCGAAGAUGGCACCGUGCGCCUAUUCGAUUUACGCAAAAUCUCCAGUUGUCACAAGACUUGCUGUAAGGAUAACAUUUUCAUCUUCAGUCCUUCGGCUGUGAAUGCCAUGGAUCUGGCACCAAUCAGCAGCAACUAUGUUGCCGUUGGCAGUUCCGAUGCCGUUGUCCGCAUCUAUGAUCGUCGUUAUUUAUCUGUGAUCGAUUUUAGUGAUAGUUCCAUACCAACAACAGAACGCCAUACGCGUCCCGUUAAAGCCUAUCCCAUACCACUGCCCACAAAUCGUCAGUUUCGUAUUACCUGUGUACGUUACAGUCCUGACGAGUCUGAGCUAUUAGUUAGUUAUUCAUCGGAGUAUUUAUAUUUAUUUGAUUUGAAAAGUGAGGGUGUCGAUGUGAGCGAUUUGUCAAAGAAGGGACGUCUCCUCAAUCGUGAUAGUACACCGCCGCCCACAAUGACGGCCGAGCAGGUUACAAGAAGGCUAAGACUGCGAGGCGAUUGGUCGGACACGGGGCCAGAUGCAAGGCCGGAGCGUGAUGUAAGUGGUAGGGGCGAAGUGGGACAGGUUAGACCUCAGUUGCAGGCCAAUAUUAUGAGUCGUAUGACGGAGGUGAUAUCGCGUAUGUUAAAUGAUCCCAGAACACGAAUGGGAUUGACCAAUCAAAUGCAGGAAACGCUAAGAGAAACAUCUCACGAGGGCAGUGAAAGUUUGGUAAUGGAUACAAGAGAUGCGGCAGGUGAAGCCCGCCCCUCAACAUCGUCAGCAUGGCGCCGGGCCGCUGCCAGUACCUUGGCCGCCAAUCACUCAUCCUCCGUCGAUACUCAAGAUUCGGUGCAUAAUUCUACGGGAACAACCACGCAUAGUCACAGUGUUGAUGAUGUUGAAAUGUCCGAUCCAACUUCAUCGACAAAUCAAGAUACCACAACCACCACCAACACAACAACCUCAGCAACAGAUCCCGAUUUCCAAGAUGAUUCAGCCUCAUUAAAUCAAGAAUUAGCCGAUCUGGAAAUGGAAACCAAAGAGGUCAUAUUCGAUUAUUUACGCAUGAAAUACACGGGUCAUCGUAAUGCCCGUACCAUGAUAAAGGAAGCGACAUUUUGGGGUAAUAAUUAUGUUAUGUCCGGUUCCGAUUGUGGUCACAUAUUCACCUGGGAUAGACGCAGCGGAAAGCUGGUAAUGUUAAUGCAAGCCGAUCAACAUGUUGUCAAUUGCCUACAGCCGCAUCCGGAGCUGCCAUAUUUAGCAUCAUCGGGCAUCGAUUAUGAUGUGAAAAUCUGGGCACCAAUACUCAAGGAGAAGAGCUUUAACGAAGAGGAAGCUGAAGAUCUAAUGAAACGUAAUGCCAUCAUGUUGGAACAGACCAAAGAUACGAUAACGGUGCCGGCUGCCUUUAUGAUACGCAUGUUGGCCUGCAUACAUUCGUUGAGGAAUCGGGAACGUAAUCAAAAUUCCAAUGAUGGACCAGCGGUACCGGGUACGGCAAAUGACAACGACAAUGAAGCUACAGGUGAUAAUAAUACAACCAAUACAACAACAACAACUACUACGAGUAGUAACAACAACAGUGGCAAUAAUUCAAAUCCAGAGGAUGAUGAAGAGAUUAACUAA